AUGGAGACAGUACCAAAGGUCAAUAUCAAUGCGCUUCCAGCGCUCAAAAAUACCACUGAUGAUAUGAUAGCUCCUUAUCUUAAAUCUCUUGGGUAUAAACAAAACCACACUCUGACAGACGUCCGUCUCGUUAUUGGAUUCGCCGCGUGUGCCAUCGCGGGUGUUACCUUCUAUUACGAUUGGACUGCCGGAUUCGAGGCAGUAAAGGGCGGAACACUCUAUGCAGUUAUUGCGUAUUUCAUCCUCAAUACAGCUUUGACCUUUUGGAUAUGGCUAGUUGAGGGUGGGACGAUAUAUGUCGGUGAGAAAGAUGGUGUUAAGAUCACUAUCUCGACUCAUACCGAGAAACAUUCGCCAAUUUACCACAUGAAGAUCACUUCGGUUCUUCCUGGGACAUCUGGGCCGCAUACCGUGGAGGAAAAGAGCUCAUUUACAAAUUGGUUCGACGAAAAGGGUUAUUUUGUAGCGAAGCCAUUCAAGGCCUUCUUACAGGACUCUAUUCCCUCACUUGCGGCCAAAUCCCCGGAAGCUAUUGCACUGAAGUCAAAAACUAAGAGUGUCAAGAGCUAA